AUGGCUAGUCUCGCCACCACUAUGGUCAGCACCGCCUUGCUUCCGAGGAAGCCGGCUGCUGUUACUAGCCUACGUUCACUUCCAAACUUUGGGCAGCAAGCCCUUUUUGGACUCAAAUCUGGUGGUAAUGGAAAGGUAACCUGCAUGGCUACAUACAAAGUGAAAAUCGUCACCCCAAGUGGUGAACAUGAAUUCGAAUGCCCUGACGACGUUUACAUUCUCGACCAUGUUGAAGAAGAGUUGGGCAUCGAUCUGCCCUAUUCUUGCAGGGCAGGUUCUUGUUCUUCAUGUGCAGGGAAAGUUGUUUCAGGCGGUGUUGAUCAAUCUGAUGGAAGUUUUCUUGAUGAUGACCAAAUUGCAGAAGGGUGGGUCCUAACAUGUGUUGCGUAUCCACAAUCUGAUGUUGUCAUUGAAACCCACAAGGAAGAAGAACUCACUGCUUGA